GCGCCCCUUUUCGCCCUGCUGUGCCUGGAGCGGAAGCGCCGCGGCUGGAACGCUGGCUGCGGGGGACCCAGGAGGGGAUGGUCGGGCGCAGGAGGAAGGUCCAGGAGGGAUCGCCAAGCAGGAUGACUUUGGGAAUCUUUGCAAAUUGUAUUUUCUGCUUGAAAGUCAAAAACUUACCUGGUCAGCAGAAGAAGCAGCUGCAAACUGAUAUUAAGGAAAAUGGUGGAAAGUUCUCCUUUUUAUUAACUCCUCAGUGCACACACGUCAUCGUAGACAGUGCUGACGUCCUGAGUCGGGGUCAGCUGAACUCCAUCCAAAAGAAUGAUGUCCAGAUUGCAAACCCAGGGUUCGUGUGGGACUCUGUCCGACAGAGGAGGCUCUUGGAUGUAAAAAAUUAUGAGCCUAAGUCGGGGGCUAUCACGCCACCUGCAGAAGCGGAAACAGAAGAUCUGUCUUUGGACAUCACCCCAGAGAUUGAAAAUAUUGACGUCUCUGAGAUACCCAAGGCGGCAUCGGGGACUCGUGUCCAUCAUAAGGAGCUAGGGGGUCUAUUGGAAGAUUCUGUGUGCUCUAACGUUCCAUUUCAAUCUUCAAUGUUUAAUUACAGAGAGGAUGCAGAGAAUGUUGAAAUGCCUCAUUCUCUCCGAGACUUUGACGUUGUGAAAUAUAACAUCUUGGAAAAAGUGGGAGCAGAUGGAGGCCCUGAGACUGUGGUGGUAGAGCUCCAGUGCUCCCGGGAGCCAGGGGGCUGCCCCUUCGUGAUAGCAGCUCACUUCCUUCUGAGUGAUCACAAGACUAGAAGAGAGAGCACUGGAAAGCAAACCUCUGAAGGUGCAAGUGAACACUACGAGAGUUAUGUGGAAGAGCUGAGGAGCCGAGGAUUUCUGCUCCAAGAACACUUCACAGCUGAAGCAACACAGUUGGCAUCUGAAAAGCUGCAGGCAUUGCUUUUGGAGGAGGUCGUAAGCUCAGGCCGUCUGAGCCAGGAGGUGAGCAGUCUGGUGGAGAUGAUCUGGGCAGAAGCUCUGGGCCACCUGGAGCACACACUUCUCAAGCCAGUGAACAGCAUAAGCCUGAAUGACGUGAGCAAAGCAGAGGGGAUACUCCUUCUAGUAAAAACAGCACUGAAGAAUGGAGAAACGGCGGAGCAACUGCGAAAGACGAUGGCCGAGUUCUACCGACUGAUACCUCACAAACGUCCAGCAUCAGAAGAAGUUAACCUGAAGCUGUUAGCGCAGAAAGAGGACCUUUGUCAGCUGGUAAGAGACAUGGUGAAUGUUUGUGAAACCAAUUUAUCCAAACCCAACCCACCACCUCUUGCCAAAUACCGAGCUUUGAGAUGCAAAAUCGAGCAUGUCGAACAGAAUAGUGAAGAAUUUUCCAGGGUUAGAAGAGAAGUGUGGUUGCAGAGUGACCACAGUGGAUGUCCAGUGGAUGUCUUGCAGAUAUUUAGAGUUGGCAGAGUGAACGAAGCGACAGAGUUUUUGAGCAAACUGGGCAACGUGCGGCCCUUGUUUCACGGAUCGCCUGUGCGGAACAUUCUUGGAAUCCUGUCCCGAGGGUUGCUUUUACCUAAGGUAGCUGAAGACCGUGGUGUGCAAAGGACAGAUGUCGGCAAUCUGGGCAGCGGGAUCUACUUCAGCGACUCAGUCAGGACAAGCAUUAAGUACGCACAUGCAGGAGAGACAGAUGGCUCCAGACUCCUGGUCGUCUGUGAUGUUGCCCUGGGAAAGUGUGCGGACUUGUGCAAGAAGGACUUUUCUUUAACCGAAGCGCCCCGGGGCUAUGACAGUGUGCAUGGAGUUUCAGGAACGGGCUCUGUACCCACAGACUUUGAGGAUGACGAAUUUGUUGUGUAUAAAACCAAUCAAGUUAAAAUGAAGUACAUUGUUAAAUUUUGCACUCCUGGUGAUCAAAUAAAGGACUUUCAUCCUCCUGACAGUACUGAAUUAGAGGAACAGAGAGCUGGGCUUCCAAACACUCCAAAGAUUGAAGAUUUCCAGUUACCGGACGUCAAGUCUCUCAGCAGCGUCAAAGCUGGCCUUCAGGACACAUCAGCAAAUUCUGUCCCUCUUGACAGUGUUCACAUCAAGGGAAGAAUAAUAGACUUUGUAGCCCAGGUCAUUGUUUUUCAGACAUACACGAAUCAAAGUCAAGUGCCUAUUGAGGCAAAAUAUAUCUUUCCUUUGGAUGAGAAGGCAGCCGUGUGUGGCUUCGAAGCAUUCAUCAACGGGAAACACAUAGUAGGAGAGAUAAAAGAGAAGGAAGAAGCCCAGCAGAAAUACCGAGAGGCUAUCAGCCACGGUCACGGCGCCUACCUGAUGGACCAGGACGCUCCGGACGUUUUCACUGUAAGUGUCGGAAACUUACCGCCUCGGGCCAAGGUUCUCAUCAAAAUCACCUACAUCACGGAGCUCAGCAUCCAAAGCCCGGUGGCCAUCUUCUUCAUGCCUGCCACUGUAGCGCCCUGGCAGCAGGACAAGGCUUUGAAUGAGAACCUUCAGGACACAGUGGAGAAGAUCUGUGUAAAGGAAGUUGGAGCCAAGCAAAGCUUCUCCCUGGCCAUGUCCAUUGAGAUGCCCUACGUGAUAGAAUUCAUUUCCAGUGACACACAUCAACUAAGGCAAAAGAGCACAGACUGUAAAGCUGUAAUCAGCACUGUGGAAGGCAGCUCCUUGGACAGCAGUGGCUUUUCUCUCCGCAUUGCUCUGAGUGAUGCAUAUCUCCCAAGAAUGUGGGUUGAAAAACAUCCAGAAAAAGAAAGUGAGGCUUGCAUGCUGGUCUUUCAGCCUGAUCUUGCUGCCACUCUUCCCGACCUCCGUGAAAAGAACGAAGUGGUCAUUUGCCUUGACUGUUCCAAUUCCAUGGAGGGUGUGACAUUCAUGCAAGCCAAGCAAGUGGCCCUGUAUGCUCUGUCUCUGGUGGAGAAGGAGCAAAAAGUUAACAUUAUGCAGUUUGGCACAGGUUACAAGGAGCUAUUUUCAUAUCCUAAGUACAUCACGAGCAAUGAGACGGCCGCAGAGUUCCUUAUGUCCGCAGCACCUACCAUGGGGAACACAGACUUCUGGAAAGUUCUCCGCUAUUUAAGUUUUCUGUACCCUUCUGGAAGGUUGCGGAACAUUCUCCUUAUAUCUGAUGGGCACCUCCAGAGCGAGAGUCUGACCCUGCAGCUGGUGAAGAGAAAUACCCAGCACACCAGAGUGUUCACCUGCGCUGUUGGUUCUACAGCAAAUCGUCACAUCUUGAGGACCCUGUCUCAGUGUGGUGCUGGAGUAUUUGAAUAUUUUAACUCAAAGUCCAAACAGAGUUGGAAAAAACAGAUAGAAGCGCAAAUGACCAGGAUGCGUUCCCCAAGUUGCCACUCUGUUUCUGUCAAGUGGCAGCAGCUUAGCGGAGAUGCCCCCGAGCCCCUGCAGGCUCCAGCACGGGUGCCCUCUCUGUUUCACAACGAUCGGCUCCUCGUGUACGGAUUCAUUCCUCAUUGUACACAGGCCACUCUGCGUGCACUUAUCCAAGAGAAAGAAUUUUGUACAAUGGUGUCUACUACUGAGCUUCAGAAGACAACUGGCACUAUGAUUCACAAGCUGGCAGCUCGAGCGCUGAUCAGAGAUUAUGAAGAUGGCAUUCUCCAUGACAAUGAAACCAACCAUGAGAUGAAGAAAAAAAUCAUGAAAUCGCUGAUUAUUGAACUCAGUAAAGAAAAUUCUCUUAUUACACAAUUUACAAGCUUUGUGGCAGUUGAGAAAAGGGACAGUAAUGAGAUCCCUUUUGCUAAUGUCCCAAAUAUUUUGGAACUUGUUGCCAAAGAAGAUGUAGACUUUCUGCCGUAUGUGAGUUGGCAGGAAAGGCAAACAGAGGCUUUCACAACACAGGUAAGUACUUUUAUGUUGAAUAUAAUAAGUGCCUCAGCGAGGAACCGAGAGUUCAAAUACCCCUUCUCAGUCUCCUCUGAAGGAAAUGAGAAGCAGUCACCACUACACUCAGCUAAAAUAUGUAAAAGAAAGGUUAUAAAGAUACGUGAUCUAGCCGCUUCUGAAGAUUUUGGAGGCAUGACCUCAGCACCACUGAGGGCAGCAGCCCAGUCUGUCGACUUCCACCCACCUCUCAAGGUCCACCCACAACAGAAAGAAGUAGCAUGGUCCCCGGAUCUGAGCCAGAUGGAGCCAAUGAAGAGAGUGGCAUCUAAAAGACUGCCCAGGGCAGGCUUUCUUCAAAAAGUGCCUGAUUCCACGGUUUCUUCUGCUCCCGCUGGCUCGGCUGGGUUUUCUUUCCUUUCUCCCUGCAGCUCCAGUCCUGCUUUCCUAACUCAUCCUGACAGUAUUCCUCUUCUUCCCUCUUUCUUUGGUAGCUCCCAUCUACCUACCCCUCUCUCUAGUGGCACCCAUCUUCCUCCCCCUCCCCCUCUCCCUGGUGGUAGCACCAGUCGUCCUCCCCCUCCCUCUCUCUUUGGUAGCACCCAUCUUCCUCCCCCUCCCGCUCUCUUUGGAAGUCUUGCCAGAGGUACCACUUUCUCAGGUCGCUUCUCUAGUUCAAAGGAUUUUGAUCUAGGUAAAGUUUCCCAAGACGCCAAUAUCACCUUCUCUCCCAAAGCCCCUGAGCUGGUUUCUUUCCACAGAUUAUCUUUUGGCAGCCCUCCUAAGCCACCUGUUAUCCCUCCUCCUCCCACCAACGUUCUUAGCACUGAGCAUCCCCAGUGUCCCUCUCCUCUUCAUCUUCAAAGCAGCCCAGUCCCUGGGAGCCCUAAUUACAGAAUCUCAGAUAUCAUAAUGUAUCCACUUGACACCGAUGUCCCGUUAGCUGAUUCUGCCGACACUGUGUCAGCAGCUUGCGUUCUAGAAGAGGCUUGGGAUGAGGCUUCCUCGUUGGAUGGAAGUUCUUCAGAAACAGAAAUGGAUACAGCAGCAGGAUAUGGAGUGCUCAAGUUUUUAAAAAAGAAGAAAACUUCUGUAACAAGUGACAUUUUCCUAGAAGAUGACGAGGAGGAGGGUGUCAUCUGCGAUGAGAACCAGAAGAGCUUUGCGUCGUGGACUUCACUCUUUGCUCUACAAACUGAGGAUGGCUUUUGGAAACUGACACCUGAACUGGGACUUAUACUAAAACUUAAUGUAAAUGCUCUACAAAAUUUUCUUGAGGAAAAAGGCAUUCGAUCUCUAGGCACAAAAGGAAGAGACCUUCUCCUAGACCUGAUUGCCACUUUGCUGGUACUGCAGUUUCUUCACACCACGUUGGAACAAGAAGGAAUGGUUGCCAAAUCGCUGACAAAGAUGGAUGACGCCUUCAUUUCCAGGAAUUUUCCAUGGGCUUUUGAGAACAUAAAGAAAGCAAGUGAAUGGGCCAGAAGAACCGAAGGACAGUACCCAUCUAUCUGCCAGCGGCUCGAGCUGGGUAAAGACUGGGAGUCGGCCACAAAGCAACUUCUGGGGCUGCAGCCCCAAGCCAACACUUCUCUUCACCGAGUUCUACACUACAAUCAAGGCUGACUCCAGUGAGACUGCAUUUUAAACCUUUCUCGUGUUUCUUUUGUUGUUGUUUUGUUUUUGUUUUUUCAAGACAGGGUUUCUCUGUGUAGCCCUGGCUGUCCUAGCACUCACUCUGUAAACCAGAGUGCUGGGGUUAAAGGCAUGCACCACCACUGCCCUGUCACCUUUCCCAUAUAUCCGC